AUGGCCACCAGCUUCAAGAUCAUUUACACUAGUGCUUUCCUCCUUGCACUAGUAGUUUUCUCCAAUGAGAUUAUUUCCAUGGAGGGAAGGCAGUUAAAGACACAAAUAAACAAGCAGUAUUCAUGUGAAAACCAUGCAAUAUCCAUUUGUGAUUAUAACAGCGGCAAUAAUCACGAGUACUACUUCAUGAGCCGUGACGUUUUAGAGCAUGAAGCGGAUUCUGAACCUGCUGCAGGUACUGCUGAUGAAGGCCGCUCAGGUACUGUUGACAAUGUUGAAGCAGGCGAUGCUGAUGAUUUCCGACCCACUGAUCCAGGACACAGUCCCGGUGCUGGCCAUUCGAAAGGGCCUCGAAGCGCAGAUAUUCCGAACCUGUAG